CGCGCGCCCCCGGCGGAGGCGGGCCCUGAUUGGCCGGGGCCCCGCGCGGCGGCGGCCGGGACCGUUGGAGCGCGGCGGCGGCGGCUGAGGCUGAGGCGGCCCGGCCGCCCCUGGAGCACCGGGAGCAGCGGCGCAGGUUGUCGUUUAAAUGUCUGAAGAAGGAAGGGAGCUCAGGAAAGUGGAAGUUGCCCUGAGAGACUUCUCAGUGUGAUUCAGAAUGAUUGAGGAGAGUGGGAAGAGGAGGAGGACCAUGGCAGAGAAGAGGCAGCUGUUCAUGGAAAUGAGAGCCCAGAACUUCGACGUGAUCCGGCUCUCCACGUACAGAACCGCCUGCAAGCUGCGCUUCGUGCAGAAGAGGUGCAACCUUCACCUCGUUGAUAUCUGGAAUAUGAUCGAAGCCUUCCGAGACAACGGCCUUAACACUUUGGAUCACGGGGCGGAGAUCAACGUGUCCCGCCUGGAAACCAUCAUCUCCUCCAUCUACUACCAGCUCAACAAGCGCCUGCCCUCCACACACCAGAUCAGCGUGGAGCAGUCCAUCAGCCUCCUCCUCAACUUCAUGGUAGCAGCCUAUGACAGCGAGGGCCACGGGAAGCUGACGGUGUUCUCGGUGAAAGCCAUGCUGGCCACCAUGUGUGGGGGGAAGAUCCUGGACAAGCUCAGAUAUAUUUUCUCUCAGAUCUCAGAUUCCAAUGGGCUGAUGAUUUUCACCAAGUUUGACCAGUUCCUGAGGGAAGUGCUGAAGCUGCCCACGGCCGUCUUCGAGGGCCCCUCCUUCGGCUACACGGAGCACUCGGUGCGCACCUGCUUCCCCCAGCAGAAGAAGGUGAUGCUGAACAUGUUCCUGGACACGCUGAUGGCUGACCCUCCUCCCCAGUGCCUUGUGUGGCUGCCCCUCAUGCACAGACUCGCCCACGUUGAAAAUGUCUUCCACCCCGUGGAGUGCUCGUACUGCCACUGUGAGAGCAUGAUGGGCUUCCGGUACCGGUGCCAGCAGUGCCACAACUACCAGCUGUGCCAGAGCUGCUUCUGGAGGGGCCACGCCAGCGGCACACACAGCAACCAGCACCAGAUGAAGGAGCACUCCUCGUGGAAAUCCCCGGCCAAGAAGCUGAGCCACGCCAUCAGCAAAUCCCUGGGCUGCGUGCCCAGCAGGGACCCGCCCCGGCCGCUGUUCCCAGAGCAGCCUGAGAAGCCCCUGGACCUCGCCCACAUCGUCCCCCCCAGGCCCGUGAGUAACAUGAACGAGGCCAUGGUGACCCACGUCUCCUCCGGAGCGCCCACGCCAACCAAAAGUGUUCUGGACAGUCCAGGCCGGCUGGAUGAGGAGCACCGGCUCAUCGCUCGUUACGCCGCACGCUUGGCCGCCGAGGCUGGGAACGCUCCCCGCCCGCCGGCAGAGCUGCCGUUCAGUUUCGAUGCCAACCGGCAGCAGCGGCAGCUGAUAGCGGAGCUGGAGAACAAGAACAGGGAGAUCCUGCAGGAGAUCCAGCGGCUGCGGCUGGAGCACGAGCAGGCCUCGCAGCCCACGCCGGAGAAGGCGCAGCAGAACCCCACACUGCUGGCUGAGCUGCGGCUGCUGCGGCAGAGGAAGGAUGAGCUGGAGCAGAGGAUGUCAGCGCUGCAGGAGAGCAGAAGAGAGCUGAUGGUGCAGCUGGAGGGGCUGAUGAAGCUGCUCAAAGAAGAAGAGCAAAAGCAGGCAGCUCAGGCCGGGGGCUCUGCCCAGCCCUCGCCCACCCACGGCCGCCCCCCGGCCGUGCCCGUGCGCUCAGCCUCGGCCGGUUCCACGCCCACCCACGGAGCCCAGGACUCGCUGGCCGCGCUCGGGGGAGACGUGCACGACGCCUUCACGCAAGGGACGAGGAGGAACCUCCGCAAUGACCUGCUGGUGGCAGCUGAUUCCAUCACCAACACCAUGUCCUCCCUGGUGAAGGAGCUGCACUCGGCAGAGGAAGAAGACGAAGAAGAAACAGAGAAGCUGCAGAAUGGGAAGGACCGAGGUGAGGGGACAAAGCUGUCUGAGAGCUCUGCAGCAUUUUCUGACUCACUCAGGGUUCUCUGGCUCCCUUUGGAGCCCCACGAGGGCCUCUGGGUGCAGGUUAGGAGGGGCCACAGGCUGGACAGCAGCUCAGGCUCGGAGGUUGCGCUUGCGAUCGAGGGACGUCUCCCCCCCUUCGGAAGAGGCAGUUCCAGCCCAUCCAUCACCAUCGUGAACUGUGACCGAUCUCCACCACCUGCUGCCGGCACGGAGCGCUCUCCCGACACUCCCGGAGCCUCCGGGCGGUCUCUGCCCCUCAGGCCAUUGCAUGCACCCUCGGUGUGUUUCCUGCCGGGACCCUCCGUGUCCCGCCCGCCUCGGGAGGCUUCAAAAAGAAAAAACGCAAAGCUGGCAGGACCCUGCCGGUGGCUGUCCCCGCUCUGUGUGCUGCUCCAUCCCGGUCUCCUCCCGAGCGCUGCCGCCCCUGUCCCUCUGUGCAUGGAACAAAAAGGGGCUGCGGCCCCUCCCGGGGGGAUUCCGCUCUCCAAAUCCCACCCGGAGCCGGCUGCGGGGUGAUGGGGCCCGUGGGGGGCUCUGCUGCUCCCAGCCCUGCCCUUGGAAAGGUCCCGAGGCAGGAAUUGAGGGAGGAGCACGGGCAGGUGAGGAGCAUCAGGAGCUGGGCUCGGUUUUGGUGGAAAUGAGGGAAAUAAGGGAGCAGGGGAUGGCAGCUGCCCCCGACCCGCGCUGGGCUCCAUCAGCACUCCCAAAACACGGCCCCAGCCACGGUGCUUCCAGCACUUCUCCCCAGUGCUGCUCGGGAAUGUUAUUUUUAGCGGAGGGAGCCGAGGGCCCUGCUGCAUCUAUAAAUAUUUAUGGAGGGUGAGGGAUGAAAGGAGCAGAAACCCUGCGAGCACCCCCGGCCCUGCCCCCGGGAACGCGCUCACCGUGCCCGGGACAGGGACAAUAAAAACCCUGGUGGCUACAGGCUCGGCUGGAUGUGAAUGUUGGGGAGGAGAUGCCGAGGAGGGGAGGGCAGCGAUGGGAACAUGGAGCCAACAGCAGCUGGGAAAGGGGACAGGGAUGGGGACAGGGACGGG